GUAGUCACUGUUACAUGUGCCUUUUUUUUUAGAAAUUUCCACAGAUAUGUUUUAGGAUGCCCAGACCUUCAACAUGUCCUUAAAAGAGGGUCUAAUUGAACAGGCGUGGUCAACUAGCGGGAAACAGGGGAGGACAAUGAAAAGGGCCAAACGUUAGAAUAUAAUAAUAAGUAGUUGCAAUAUAAGGAAUACUAUAUACCAUUUUUGGAGCGAGAAUUCAAUUCCUUUUUCACGUACAUGAUGAAAAAAUGCGAUUUUUGGUGGCGUUGUAUGUUGUGGAGGUUACUCCGAUUUUCCAGCUGUUUGAGACUAAAGUGCAACGCGCGUUAUUGCAGCGGUGGCAAGUCGACGAAGCCGACAGGCAGAAUCAGCGAGGCCAAGAUUUUAUCAGGCACGGCGGUGGCCAAGGAGAUACGUGAGGAGUUGCGUAGGGAGGUGUUGGAGCUGCGAAAACGUAUGGUGAACUUUGUGCCCGGAUUGCGGAUCAUACAGGUGGGUGGUUAUGAAGACUCCAAUGUCUACAUACGCAUGAAGGUUAGGGCGGCCACAGAGAUUGGAAUCGAUGCAAUCCACAUAAAAUUGCCACGGUCUACCACUGAAAUGGAGCUACUCUAUAAGAUCAGAGAACUUAACUAUGAUCCAAUAGUUCAUGGCAUUAUUGUGCAAAUGCCAUUAGAUGCGGACACAAAAAUUAAUUCCCAUCUCAUAACAGACGCUGUUUUCCCUGAAAAGGAUGUAGAUGGUCUUCAUACCAUCAAUGAGGGACGUGUGGCCAUUGGAGAUUUCAGUGGGUUCUUACCUUGCACCCCAUGGGGUUGCAUUGAGCUCAUUAAGCGAUCUGGCAUUGAAAUCGCCGGGGCUCGUGCUGUCGUCUUGGGUCGCAGUAAGAUUGUGGGUACACCAGCUGCGGAGCUUCUCAAAUGGGCUCAUGCCACCGUCACGGUUUGCCACUCGAAGACACGUAAUCUGGCUGAGAUAACGCGUCAGGCCGAUAUUUUGGUUGUAGGUAUAGGUGUGGCCGAAAUGGUCCAGGGUAGUUGGAUAAAACCCGGCGCUGUGGUCAUCGAUUGUGGCAUCGAUAUGAAGCCAGAUCCAUCUAGAGCGAGUGGAACCCGUUUAGUGGGGGACGUCGACUACGAACAGGCUAAGCUUGUGGCCGGCUAUUUGACACCUGUGCCGGGUGGUGUAGGCCCCAUGACUGUGGCAAUGCUCAUGAAGAACACCGUGCGCUCCGCAACGCGCGCGGUGGAUUGGCAGACUCGCAGCAACUGGAAUCUGACAUCAUUACCCAUAAAGCCGGUCAAGCCAGUGCCUAGUGAUAUUGAAAUAGCGCGCGCUCAGAAACCGAAGGAGAUUGCAUUGCUAGCGAAGGAGAUUGGCCUGCAUGCCAGUGAGGUCUCCCUCUAUGGGCACAAGAAGGCAAAAAUAUCGCUUAAUGUGCUGGAACGUUUGGCGGAUCGUGAGUCUGGUAGUUAUGUAGUGGUUGCUGGCAUAACGCCAACGCCCCUUGGCGAGGGCAAGAUUACGACACUAAUGGGUCUGGUGCAGGCUUUGGGGGCCCAUAAGAAGCGCAAUGCGAUUGCAGCACUUCGACAGCCUUCCCAGGGUCCCACAUUUGGCAUUAAGGGUGGUGCUGCUGGUGGGGGCUAUGCUCAGGUCAUCCCCAUGGAGGAAUUCAAUCUGCAUUUGACGGGUGACAUACACGCGGUGAGUGCGGCCAAUAAUUUGCUGGCAGCCCAGUUGGACACCCGCAUCUUCCACGAGUGCACGCAACAGGAUAAGGCACUGUACGAUCGCCUAGUACCGAAGAUCAAGGGUCAGCGUAAAUUUUCAGCCAUACAGCUGCGUCGUCUGAAGCGCCUGGGCAUUGAUAAAACCAAUCCAGAUGAGCUUACCGAGCAGGAGUUUGGGGCCUUCGCCCGUCUGAACAUCGAUCCCGACACAAUUAUGUGGGAACGUGUGGUGGACAUGAACGAUCGAUACUUGCGCAGCAUCACUGUGGGGCAAUCGCCCACCGAGAAGGGUAUUACUCGUCAGACCCGUUUCUCUAUUUCGGUGGCUAGCGAGAUCAUGGCCGUGUUGGCUUUGUCCCGUUGCAUGGAGGAUAUGAAGCAGCGUCUAUCGGAAAUGGUGGUGGCCUUCGACAAGGAAGGCAAGCCCGUAACGGCCGACGAUUUGGGUGUGACAGGUGCCCUCACUGUGCUGCUCAAGGACGCUCUGGAGCCGAAUCUGAUGCAAUCUCUGGAGGGUACACCCGUGCUGGUGCAUGCCGGACCCUUUGCCAACAUUGCGCACGGUUGUAACUCGAUUGUGGCCGAUGAGAUCGGUCUGAAGCUGGUGGGUAAGAAUGGGUUUGUGUGCACAGAGGCCGGUUUCGGAUCAGACAUCGGCAUGGAAAAGUUCUGCAACAUCAAGUGUCGUACUUCGGGCAGGAAACCCAAUGCUAUGGUGCUGGUGACCACAGUGCGAGCCAUCAAAAUGCAUGGUGGCGGAGCACCAGUGACACCCGGCGCUCCUCUAAACAAACAGUACACGGAAGAGAAUCUGGAGCUGGUCGAGAAGGGCAUUCCCAAUCUUCUUCAACACAUAGCCAAUGGUCGUACGUUUGGCAUGCCGGUGGUGGUCUGCAUUAACGCACAUGUGGCGGACACCAAGCCCGAGCAUGAGCUGCUUAAAAAGGCGGCCCUGAAGGCGGGUGCCUUCGCAGCCGUUGUCUCCACCCAUUGGUCCGAUGGUGGUGCUGGUGCCUUGGAGUUGGCGGAAGCGGUUAUCAAGGCCUGUGAGGCAGGCAAUCAAUUUAAGCUGCUCUACGACCUCGAGCUGCCACUGGUGGACAAAAUGUCGAAAAUUGCAAACACCAUGUACGGUGCGGCCAAGGUGGAGCUCUCAGAAGAGGCUCAGCAGAAGGUGGAACGUCUCACCGCGGCCGGAUUUGGUGAACUGCCCGUUUGCAUGUCGAAGACCGCCUGCUCCCUAACUGGCGAUGCCAAAAUCAAGGGUGCACCCAAAGGGUUCACACUACACGUCGAGGACGUAUAUGUGUCAGCAGGUGCUGGUUUUGUUGUUGCCAUGUGUGGCGAAAUAACAAAAAUGCCGGGCUUGUCCACCCGUCCCUGUAUUUACGAUAUAGACCUAAAUACUGAAACUGGACAAAUAGAGGGGCUCUUCUAGGAUGGAUCUAAAACAAACAAAAUUAAUAUUGAAUUGUAUGUAAUUUGUGUAUCUAGAUAUUUUAUUUUGUACAUUUAGGAAAUGUAUAAAUAUAAAUUGACUGUUUUAAU